UGCGCAGUUUUCAUCCUAAUAUGGAUUCCUCGAGUAAUGCAUGUCUCAUGCUAAGGGUGCGUAGCAAUUUUAACGGAAUUUCGUCGUCCGAGAGUACUCGCGAACGAUCGUUCGCCUCGUCGUCACGGCGAUAGUUUGCAACUCGCGGCUAGGUAUAGCCCAUCGUCAUAUAGCUAGAACUUAGUAUAAUGUCUGAGGACUACGAGCACGCUUGUGAGAGGGCAGAAUUAUUGGGCUUGACGAAGCCGACCGAGGAGGAGUGGAGACAAACACAGGCGGCGCAGAAAGAAAAUCGUUGCGAUGACGAAGACGGUGCAUUACAGGAUUUGGAUCACGCGGACCAGACGGCCAAACGCAUCGGCGGCGGCUUGGACGAGCUGAACAGCAUUUUGAGCAGCACGCAGAAGAAGCUCAAUAGAUUCAAGACAGUUUGCGGCAGUCUGGGAUCAUUGCUCAAAGGGAAGGUGAGCUCUCGCGGUGGCACUCCUCAUCACAAUCCCGAAGAGCCGAAUCCCGAUAAUCAGGAGGUCCAGGAGGAACCAGGACCCGCAGCGGAUGAGGUGAUGACGUUGGAGACGUCCGAUGACAUCACCGCGAAUGCUGCGAACGCGUAUCCUGAAAACAGUGGUGUCAAUCAGCCGAAACAAGUCGAUCUCAGUCAGAAAAUGGGCUCUCAUCUAGAUAAGCUCGAUUCUCUGAUCACAAAGGCUGAAAACGCUCAAUAUAGUAUGCAGCAUCAGACGAAGCAAAUGCGGAAGUUCCUGAAGUAGGAGCCUCCGAAAAAUCGUCGCUACAUCUCGAUUUACAAUUAACGAAAUAAAUUAUAUUAAUUAACGGACCUUGGCUGGACGAUAAAUUCGUAUAAGGUAUGAUCAAUUAAAUUAUUAUAUUAAUUAAAUUAUUAUAUACAUAUAAUUCGUAUCUUCCAUUUUAAAUGUAUAGAAAAUCCGUGUAAAAAUAUAAUUUACAAAUAUGUUAAUUGUGUAAGUAAUUGACCGAGAAAUUUUUCAAGAAAUUUCUUGAUCUGGGAUAAAUUUUACAGUUUUGUAGGGAAAGAUUAUAGAAUUUAUAAAAUUCUAUAAGAGAGAAAAGAUAAUAAGCAGUGAGCGUCCAGGUAUAUAUUACAUAUGAGAAUUCGCAUAGAUUUUGCGACUGUUAAAUUACGUGUAUAAAGUUUCAUUGUUACAUCGAGUAUUGAUAUUUUUCUCGUGAUAUUUAUUUUUGAUCUCGUGAUUGUUAUUGAUUCUUUCAUAUAUAGCGCGACGUUCUCUUUGUCGCCGAAAGCCCAAUAUAUAUUGUUAUAGUAAUAAUAUACAUAUGUUAUAAAAUGUAUAUGUAUAUAUAUACACACGAAUAUUGUUGAUAAAUUUAGUAUUGUUAUAGUUGUAGAGACACGAAUGUAUUUCUGGCAAUGAAGGCUUUGUGCUUAGAUCCUUGACAAUAUCGACAUAUCAGGUGUAAAAAAAUGCAGUUGGCGAAUCGAACCGGUGAUAAACUUUCCUACUAUGCAAAUAAUGUGAUAUUAUUUUACAUCGAUUUAGAAAUAUUAUGAUCUCCUAGAAACCAUAUAUAUUUUAUCAUCAAAUAUAUAGUUUGCGCUCUAUUUUUCUAGGUCUAAGUUCUAACGCCGCGUAAAUAAUAAUAUAUUGAACAGCGGAUACAUAUUUUAUCAUCGAAUAGUUUUGUCUUAUUCCGCCUAUAUUUAAGUUUAGCGAAGUAUAGUGAUACAUGCGUAAUAAUACAUACAUACGUAUUAUAAUAUAUAGCGAGAUAUAGCGGCUAUAGCCGAUACAUAUUCGCCGUUUCUUAUUGCAUUAAAAUUCGAAACAUAAAUUGUA